AUGGCUGCAGAGUCAAAUUUUGUGCAGGCAGCAAUCCCACGUUUUGUUGGUCACUAUGACCAUUGGAGCAUGUUAAUGGAGAACUUCUUGCGUUCCAAAGAUUACUGGGCGAUAGUCGAAAAUGGAGUCGGCGCUCCAGCAGCAGGAGAAACAUUAACAGAUGCUCAAAAAACAGAUUUUGAAGCUACAAAGCUCAAAGAUUUGAAGGCAAAAAAUUACCUUCUUCAAUCUAUUGAGCGUUCUAUCCUGGAAACAAUUCUUUGCAAAGAUACUUCCAAGGAUAUAUGGGAUUCUAUGAAGAAAAAAUAUGCAGGCUCAGCCAGAGUUAAGCGAGCACAGCUUCAAACUUUGAGGAGAGAUUUUGAAACUCUGCAGAUGAGAGACGGUGAAUCCGUUACCAGCUAUUUUGCUAGAACCAUGGAAAUAUGCAACAAGAUGCGAUUUAUUGGUGAGAAAAUAGAAGAUGUAACUAUUGUGGAGAAGAUAUUACGUUCUCUGACGGCCAAAUUCGACUAUGUUGUUUGCUUAAUUGAAGAAUCAAAGGACAUAGAUGUUAGAUUUGAAGGCCUCAACUCUUCCCUCUUCUUUCUCGAAUUCAAGGGGGAGAGGCAGAGGGAGAGGAAGAGGGAGAGGCAGAGGGAGAGGAAAUCGGCAGAAUUUCCAAUCCGAUCAAGCGCAAAGCAAAGGUGA